AUUCAAUGAAACUUUCAACCCUUUUACUAUUGACACUUCUAUUGUCCCUGGUGUGCUUUGCUGGCUACAACAGGGCAGAAGAAGAUCUUGAUGAAGAACCAGUAUCAGCACUUGACGAAGAUGAUGAUAGUUUAGAUGCAGAUGGGCUCACUCCAGAACAAGCAGAACUUUUGCAAGAAAGCGAGGAGUCCUUUGAUUUUGAAGCGGAUACGUCGAGAAUUCUUGAUAUUUUCAUCAAUUCUCUAUAUAGCCACAAAGAGAUUUUCCUAAGAGAACUGAUUUCUAACGCUUCAGAUGCUUUGGAUAAGGUCAAGUAUAAAUCUCUCAAAGAUCCAGAAUACAUGGGCGAUCAGGAUAAAAUGGAUAUCAGAAUUGAGUUUGAUAAGGAUGCUAAGACUAUUAGUUUCACUGAUACUGGUAUUGGUAUGACAAAAGCAGACUUGAUCAAAAGUUUGGGUACAAUCGCAUCCUCAGGUACCACUACAUUCCUAGAAGCUAUGGGAAAGACAGAAGAUAUGAACCUUAUUGGUCAAUUUGGUGUUGGAUUCUAUUCAUCAUAUCUUGUUGCUAACAAGGUUACAGUCACUUCUAAGAACAAUGAUGAUCCACAUCAGCAUAUCUGGAAGUCAGCAGCUGACGGAAAAUUCGCUGUGAAUCAAGAUCCAAGAGGAAAUACUUUGAAGAGAGGAACAAAGAUCACACUUCAUUUGAAAGCAGAUGCUGUUGAAUUUUGUGACCAAGAAAAAUUGAUGGAACUAGUGAAGAAAUACUCUUUGUUCAUUAAUUACCCAAUCUAUUUGUACACAAGCAAGGAAGUCACUAAGCAAGUAGAAAUUGAAGAUGAAGAUUUAAUUGGAGAUGAUGAGUAUGAUGAUGAAGAUACUGAAACUGAUGAAAUUACAGAUGACAUCGAAGUCACUGAAGAAGAAGACGAUGAUGAAGAUGAUGAAGAUGACGAAGAUGCCGAUAACAAGAAAACCAUCACUGAAACUAUUUGGGAGUGGGAACUUGUCAAUGACAAAAAGGCUAUCUGGCUUAGAAGCAAGAACGAAGUCACUGAAGAAGAAUACUUCGAUCUUUACAAAGGUAUUGCCAAAGACAGCGAAGACCCCCUUGCUUACACCCACUUCUCUGCUGAGGGUGACGUCGACUUCAAGUCUGUGCUGUUCAUCCCACCAGGCAAAGGAGGAGACAUGUUCGAAAGCUACUACGGAAAGAGUUCGUCUCUGAAACUAUAUGUCAAGAGAGUACUCAUCAACGACGAGUUCGAAGACUUGAUGCCUAGAUACCUCAGCUUCAUCAGAGGAGUUGUGGACUCCGACAGUUUCCCUUUGAAUGUAGCCAGAGAAGAACUCCAGCAGUCCAAGCUGCUCAAAGUGGUCUCUAAGAAGCUGGUCAGGAAGGCACUCGACAUGAUGAGGAUGAUGGCUGAAGAAGAAGAGGAAGAUGAUGACGAAACUGAAGAGGAUUACGAUGAUGACGAGGAUGAUGAAGAAAUUGAAGAUGUUGAAGAAGAUGUUGAAGACACCACUGAAGAUGACGAAGGUGAAACAGAACAAGAAGAGUCUGACUACGAAGUGUUCUGGAAAGCAUUCGGUAAGAACAUCAAGCUCGGAGUCAUUGAAGAUGCUACCAAUAGGUCAAAGCUUGCUAAGUUGUUGAGAUUCUACACCACAAGUUCACAAGACGAACUCAGUUCAUUAGAUGAGUACAUUUCAAGAUGCCCAUCUGACCAAGAUGCCAUCUACUACAUGCCUGGUGACUCAGUAGAAGCCAUCUUGAAGUCACCUUUGCUCAAGAAGUUCAACAAGCACGGAAUCGAAGUCUUGAUGCUCAACGACCCAAUUGACGAGUUCACAAUGCAACAUCUCAGUGAGUACAAGGGCAAGAAAAUGAAGAGUAUUGCCAAAGAAGAUGGAAACGCCUUCUUGUCUGGAGCUGACCAGAAGAAGAGAAACAACGUUAUCAAAGACAUGUACAAACCUCUUACUGACUGGUGGAAGAAACAUCUCGGAAAGAGAGUCGAGAAAGUCGCCAUUUCAACCCGUCUGGUUGAUGAGCCUGCAUAUGUGUUUACUUCACAGUACGGGUACUCAGCCCACAUGGAGAAAGUCAACAGAGCUCAAGCUUUUGCAAACCAAGAGAAGGCUGCCGACUAUAUGUUGGCUAAGAAACACUUCGAGUUGAACCCUCACCACCCAGUGAUGAGAGAGCUGCUUGAGAGAGUCAAGGCUACCGGAGGCUCUCCAGAGGAGUCCACUGUCAAGACCAUGGAUCUGAUUUAUAACGUGGCCCUACUCAACUCAGGAUUUGUGAUUGACGAUCCCUCCGAAAUUUCUGGAACAAUGCAGGAGAUUUUGAGAGCAGAGCUUGGACUUGAGCGUACAGGAGAUUUUGAUGAGCUUGAGAUUGACAUUGAAGAAGAGUACGGAGACGAUGAGGAUGAUGAAGGCAUUGAAGCUGAGAUCCCAGACGAUGAUAAUUAUCCAGAGGAUGACGGUGAGGAAGAAGAAGGACAUGAUGGAGACUUAUAAGCUCUUUAAAACCAUCUAUAAAAG